AUGGUUUCCGACGGCUCCGACGAUGCUGGCCCGAACCUCAAUCUCACACCGGAUGAGAGGCAGCUGUAUGGCCAGCUGUUCCGUCAGGCCGACACGGAGAGUGUCGGGAUUGUGAUGGGCGAGGUGGCCGUCAAGUUUUUCGAAAAGACGCACCUUGAUUCGCGCAUACUCGGCGAGAUCUGGCAGAUUGCCGACUCGGAGAACCGUGGGUUCCUGACGCCGGCGGGCUUUGGCAUCGCCCUGCGCCUCAUUGGCCAUGCCCAGGCUGGCCGCGAGCCGGGACCAACGCUGGCGCUGCAACAGGGGCCCCUUCCACGAUUUGAGGGCGUGCCGGCGCCGGUCAGCGCGCUUCCGCUGGUGCAACACACCACAGGCGGCCCCGGGCCUCUCUCGGCCCAGCUGACGGGUGGGAUGCCACAACUGGUGGCACAGGGAACAGGCAGCGCGCGGGUGCCGCCGCUGACGAUCGACAAGGCAGCCCAGUACGCCAAGCUCUUCCGGGAGCAGGUGCAGGGCGGGUCGAUUCUAGCGGGCGAGAGGGCGAAGCGGAUCUUUGAGCGGUCUGGGCUGCCCAACGAGGUGCUGGGUCGGAUCUGGCAGCUGGCCGACACGGAGCAGCGCGGCGCCUUUGUGCAGACGGAGUUUAUCAUUGCUAUGCACCUGCUGACGUCGACGAAGCUGGGCACGCUGCGAGGCCUGCCGUCGGCCCUGCCUGCAGCGCUGUACGAGGCGGCGACGCGCGGUGCCAACGCGGUGGUGGCGGGCGGCGCUCCGCUGACGAAUCCGGCCAGCCCAGUUCGCCAACAGAGUCCUCUAGGGGGCACGCCUGGGGUGCCGCCUCUUCCGCCUCUUCCGCCCCUUCCGCCUCUUCCGGCAUCAGUUCGCCAGACGACAGGGCAGUUCCGGCCGGCACUGCCGACAGCACCACCGGCAGCGAGCGACUGGCUGAUCACGCCGGCGGAGAAGUCACGGAUGGACCCCGUAUUCGACAGCCUGGACAAGACCAAGAAAGGCUUCAUCACGGGCGAGGAGGCGGUGCCAUUCCUGACACGGUCGGGGCUCAACGAGGACGCACUGGCGCAGAUCUGGGACCUGGCUGACGUCAACUCCGAGGGCCGUCUGACGAGCGACACCUUUGCAGUGGCCCUGUACCUGAUCCAGCAGCAGCGGCAGCGUACUGACGGCGGCAGCGCUCUCCCUACGAAGCUUCCGACGAAUCUGAUCCCGCCGAGCAUGCGGAGCAGCGCGCUGCGACCGACAAGCCCGGCAGCGAUCCAGCAACCGCAGGUGCUGCAGCCACCACCGCCACCACCGCCGCCACCACAGCACAAGUCGGCCCUGGACGACCUAUUCGGGCUGGACUCGGGCCCGUCGUCACCCGCGGCCACGCCGGCGCUGACAGCCAACGUGACCGGAGCUGGAGCUGGAGUGGGCGGUGCCCUGAGCGAUCCGUUCUCGGGUGGCGGCGGCAUGAGCCCUCUUCCACCCAGCUCGCCGUCGAGAAAGUCGCCGGUGCCGGUGACGGCGUCGUCGUCAUUCAAGCCGUUUAUUCCGUCGUCGUCGUUUGGCCGAGCACUCACGGCACAGGCGACGGGCGAUUCGUCCGGAUCAGCGCCGCCGUCGUUUUCGAAGCCAACUCCGGCCAUGGCGCCGACACCUGUGCCACGGCCGUACAGCGCGACACCAGCGGUGGCACAGGAUGAUCUGCUGGGCGGCGACAACGACGAGGCCAGCCGGAACAUCUCCAGCGACACGGCGGAGCUGGCAAACCUGUCAAACCAGGUGGGCUCGCUGUCGAAGCACAUGCAGGAGGUGCAGACGCACCGGACGACGCUGCAGGCGGACCUGGCGCAGUCGAGCCAGCAGAAAAAGACGUUUGAGCAGCGGCUGGCACAGCUGCGCAGUCUAUACGAAAAGGAGGCGCAGGACGUGCGGGGCCUAGAGGAGCAGCUGACGAUCGCACGGUCGGAGGCGAAGAAGCUGCAGGCGGAGCUGUCGACGCUGGAGGCAUCGUUGCAGGAGAUGCAGAGCCAGCACCAGCAGGUGUACUCGGCGCUGCAGGCGGACCAGCAGGAGAACGGCAGCCUCAAGGGCCGGAUCGCGACGGUGACGGCCGAGGUGAGCCAGCUGAAGCCGCAGAUCGAGAAGCUCAAGUCGGAGGCGCGGCAGCAAAAGGGCAUCGUGGCGAUCAACCGGAAGCAGCUGUCGCUGGCGGAGAGUGAGCGCGAGAAGCUCAAGACGGAGGCGGAGGAUCUGACGCGGCAGAACGAGGAACUGUCUCGGCAGAUCCAGGCGACGUCAAAUGCGCCGUCGACGACGGCCAGCCCCUCGGUGGCGUCCAGCACGGGCAAAAACCCGUUCUUCCGCCGGACCGGCAGCACGGACGUCGUGGGCAUGUUCGGGUCGCCGCGGGCGCAGUCGGAGUCACCGAAGCCUUUCAGCGGUGAGCGCUCGUUUGACGAUGUGUUUGGGCCGCCGCCGACGGUCGCUGCCACGACGAAAACGGCCGCUGCAACAGCUGCUGAUGCCGCUAGCCCCGGCGCCGUUCAGCCGCAGACAAUGGGCGCGUCCUCGGGCAGCGGAGCCUCGUCGACCUUUACGGCGACCACGGCUCUCAGCGGGCCGACAUCUGCCACGCCCACGGCAGCGGCCAGCGGCCAGGCCACGUUUACCGGCGAGGCAACGGAGGGAUUACCAGCCUCUGAGGCACCGACGACCGAAGCACGGCAGAACGGCGAGGGUCCGGUCGGAUUUGCGACCUUUGGAAACAGCGUGCCCGAGUCUACGACUGCAGAGACAAAAGAGGCCAACGUCUGGGGCCACGCGCACAACGACAGCCUCACCGACCCGUUUUCCGCGCUGGACAGGCAACAGGACAGCAAGGCCAAGGAAGACUUCGAGUCGGCCUUUGCCAGCUUCAAGGCGAGCAAGGCAUCGGCCGACGAGACCGACGCCGUCUUUGCGCUUCCAACCGACGGCACGGUCACGCCGCCGACAGCUACGACGACGACGACGACGGCGACGACGACGGCGACAGCGACGACAGAAGCAGCAGUGACAACGGCAGCGACAACGAUGGCCGGCAGCGACGCCGUGCACGCGGACGCGGCCAAGGCGAGCACGGCCUUUGACAGCGAGUUUCCGCCCAUUGCUGAGGUGACGCGGGACGACGAUUCAGAGAGCGAGAGCGAGAGCGGUGGCUUCGGUGGCGGUGGCUUUGACGACGACUUUGCGCCGGCAUCACCUCCGAAAGCGAACGAGGACAAGGCCGACAAGGGCGACAAAGGCGUGGCGGAGGCAAAGGCAGUUGAUGCUAGCAGUAACAUGGACGGCCUUUUCGCGAGCCCAUCUGCUCCGUCUGCUCCUUCUGCUCCGGCAGCAGCGGCAACAGCGGCAACAGUGGCAACAGUGGCAACAGUCGAGGCCGAGCCGUCGUUUGACGACCUGGACGACGAGUUUGAGGGGCUCGAGGACGCGCGCGAAGAGUCGGCCGACGACGACUUUGCCAACAUCAGCCAGACGACCAACACGUUCCCGUCAGCCUUUGACUCGCCACAGCAGUCGCAGCCGCAGCAGCAGCAGCCGGGAAAGCUGGACUCGACGGCGUCUAGCUUUGGCCUCGACAGCAGCUUCGACUUUGGCAGCCUGGGCUCGUCGGGCCAGACGGCCGCCGCGACGACGACGACGACGAGCGACAGCAACGACUGGUUCACGUCCUUUACCGAGGCGCCGGCCAAAGAGGACAAGACAGCCGGCUCGGCUGUCCCUGGUCCCGAGACGCUGGCCCGGCCUCCGGGUCCUGGCCGGCUCCUGACUGACGACGGCGAGCACGAUGACCCCUUUCUCAAGAAACUAACGUCCAUGGGCUACCCACGGAUACAGGCGCUGAACGCGCUCGAGAAAUACGACUACAACGUUGACAGAGCCGCCAACUUUCUCGCCAGCCAGUCCUAG